AUGGACCCAAGUGUUUGCGCUCUGGAGCUGCUGGGGGUCUUCUUCUCGGCGGGGGCCUGGCUCUGCUCGCUGGCCACCACCUUGAUGUCCACCUGGCUCACCCUGUCCACAGAGCUCCUCCCCACCGAGAGCUACGAGCUGGGGCUGUGGGAGACCUGCGUGGUGCAGGAUCUGGGGGGUCUGGAGUGCCGGCCCUACGACAGCCUGCUGGGUCUGCCGCCGGACAUUAAACUGGCCCGGAUCCUGAUGUGCGUCACUCUGGGCGCAGGGAUGCUCGGGCUGCUGCUGGCCAUCCCCGGCAUGCACCUGGUCAACAGCUGCCAGGGCCGGAUGGACGACCUCAGGUGCAAGAGGGCCCUGAAGAUGGCAGGUGGGGCGCUGUGCCUGGUUGCCGGGAUCCUGGGGCUCAUCCCGGUCUCGUACAUCGCCCACCUGACGGUGUUGCGGUUCUUCGAUGAGUCGGUGCCGGACAUGGUCCCGCGCUGGGAGUUCGGGGACGCUCUGUUCUGCGGCUGGACGGCCGGAUUUCUUCACCUGGUGGCGGGAACGCUGCUGCUGACGUCGUGCCUGUGUCUGCAGAGGGAAAACUGUAUCGGCCCGGACCCCGUCCCUCUGGUGGGGGUGCAGCCGGGACGCCCCUUUACCAGGACCAGAUCCGAGUACGUCUGAGACUUCUCGCCAUCGGGGACGCACAAGUCUACUUCCAGAUCUGCCCGCCUUUAAACUCGUUUAACCCUGUCAGAUUAGUCCACAGCGUCUGUUUCAUCGUGACCAAAACCCGGUUCCUGGUCCAGAGUAACUGGAGUACAACACGACUGCAAUAAAACUGUCUGUUUCCUCAGUGAA